UCCCAGCCUGAAUGACAGAGUUCAUGUUCUGGUCACUGUUGUUCCUGCUGGCUCAGUGUCUCUACUAAGUGAAGAAGUUGUGAAAAAGCUGAGAAAAGUCAGACUGGCAGCCAGGGAAAUGGACAUUCCCCAGCUGGCUAUUCUCACCAAAGUUGAUGAAGCCUGUCCUGCGGCAAAACAGGAUCCCAAAAACAUCUACAAGAGCAAGUACCUGAAAGAACAGGUCGACAAAUUUAGCCAGCUGCUGGGACUCCCAGUGAACUGCAUCUUUCUUGUAAAGAACUACAGUUCAGAAAUCAGCACCGAUGACGACACUGAUGCUCAUAUCCUGUGUGCACUGAAGCAAAUGAUUGUCUAUGGAAACGACUUCCUCAACCACUUGAAAGACCAACACGUUCUCGUCCCAAAACGUUAA